AUAGGAAGAGCCAGCAGUGAAUAUUGACCCCAGGAUCAAUCGUUUCUGUUUAAGCGGCAGGCUGCUCUGCUCAGAGAGAGCAAGCCAGGCCCCAGUUGAUUAAGAGCUGCCUUCAGCUGGACUGGUCACCCCCAAACGCACAGGAACGGUCUCGCAGCCUCUGAAUUAAAAUGAUUCUUCCCCGAACGGAGAAGAUGGUGAUGACGGUACUGGCCGUGUUCGUGCUGGGAGUGAACUAUCUGCCUUGCGCAGGUUUCCCGGUGUACGACUAUGACUCGUCCUCCUUGAGGGAAGCCCUCCGUGCGUCUGUGGCAAAAGUGAAUUCCCAGUCCCUGAGCCCGUAUCUGUUCCGGGCGUUCAGAAGCUCCUUAAAAAGGGUCAACGUUCUGGAUCAGGACAGCUUGAACAUGGACCUAGAGUUUGGCAUUCGGGAGACAACAUGCAGGAGAGAUUCUGGAGAAGACCCUGACAGCUGUGACUUCCAAAGGGGCUACUACGUGGCAGCUGUUUGCAGAAGCACGGUGCGGUUGUCCGCCGAAGAGGUGCAGGACGUGUGGGUUCGCUGCCGCUGGUCCUCCAGCUCUGAGUCUAACAGCAGUGAGGAGAUGUUUUUGGGGGACAUAUUUGAAUCCUUUAAAUGGAGAAACAACUACCUACGUGGGAGCCUGAGAGGGAUCUUUCCUCCUGGGAAUCGAGGGUACCCAAACACGUGGCACAGACUUCAAGAAUAAACACUGGCUUUGAGUAACAGCCUCGAGCAAAAUGCAUCGGAAAGAAUAGAAAUGCCAGUGAAGCAAGAUACUUUACGAUAAUUUUGUGAUUUUUCUUUUGAUCGGUUCCGGUCCUUAAUAAAUGCUUUACUCUUCUUCUU